UUCCUGUUCUCCCCAGAUGGACUCCGAGAGCUCCCAGCCAGGGGAGCAAGACAUGACAGAGGCAGGGGCUGAGCAGGAACUUCGGUGGGUGGAGCUGGGCUCAGAGGAGGCCCUGGAAGCCAGGCCCGAGGGCCCCAGUGCCCCGCAAGCCUGGGGGCUCCUGCUGCAAGCUGUGUGGAGGGGUCACCUGGGCCUGGCAACAAAGCUACUGCGUCAAGGGGCCAGUGUGGAGGAGAGGGACCACAUGGGCAGGACACCCCUCCACCUGGCCGUGCUGCUCGGCCACGUGCCGCUGGUGCGUCUCCUGCUGCAGCGCGGGGCCGCGGUGGGAGCUGCCGACCGAGCGGGGCGCACGCCACUCCACGAGGCCGCCUGGCACGGACACUCGCGGGUGGCCGAGCUCCUUCUGCAGCAUGGGAUGGUGGCAGCCGCGGCCGGGCGCACGGCAGCGCUACGCCUCCUCCUAGCUCGCGGGGCGCGGGUGGACGCCGGGGACAGCACGGGGACCACGGCGCUCGGCAUAGCGGCGAGCCUGGGCCGCAGGGAGGACAUGGAGGUGCUGCUUGACCAUGGGGCAGACCCCAGCCUCAAGGACAGGCACAGUCGCUCUGCACUCCACAGGGCUGCUGCUGGGGGACAUCUACCUGCUGUCCAGUGGCUAGCAGCCUGGGGAGCAGAGGUGGAUGCUCGAGACUCAUUGGGCCUCACACCCCUACACCAUGCUGCUCGGGGAGGCCACGCAGAGGUCGCCAGCCACCUCCUAGACAGGGGAGCGCAGGUCAAUGCUGCUGGAUGGCUCCACAAGACCCCCCUACACCUUGCCACAGAGCAUGGCCAUGGCCCCACCGCAGAGCUUUUGCUGAGCCGAGGGGCUAGCCUCACCCUGAGGACACAAUGGGGUGAAGCGGUCCAGGACCUGGUGUCCGAGGGGGUCUGCCCCAGGUACUGCCCACCCUUUGCCGAGAGCAGGAGUGGGAGGGGCACAUAG